AUGGAUCCUUAUAAUUAUGGUUUAAUGGCUCCAAAUAUUCAUGAUGUUAAUUUAAUACGUGCUCAAUAUACACAAGAUGAAAAUAAUAUUCAACAAUCAAUUGACAAUGGUCCAUUGUAUGAAUCAUGUCGAUGUCAUGCAUUACUUUGUUGGCAAAUAUCCCCAUCAACCUCACCUGUUAAUAUAAAUUUACGUGAAGAUUUAAAUAGUUUAUCAGGUCAUAUAUUUGAAAUAGAACAAUUAACAUAUAGAUGUUUAUCAUGUGAAACAUCUUAUUCAACAAUAUUUGAACAUGAAAAACAUAGAAAAGAUGAAAUUCAUUUAAAAAGACGUUCAAAUUAA